AUGUUGGAUUAUAAUUCUCUAUCCAUUGGUACGCUUCAGGAGAAGCGUGAUGCAUACUUGAGUUUAAAGUCCCAGGCUAGUUUACUUCCAGACGGUGGUAAAAAACUCGAUGAUGCCAUCGAGCGUAUCAAUUCCAUUAUCGACUGCAGGAAAUCUCUACAUUCACCUGAACCUCAACGAACUCCAGUUUUUAGGACACUUCGAGAAAAAACAUAUUCAACUAUUACUGUUUCAUCAAUAAAUGAAGAAACUAGUUGCUCUGAAGACGAAGAGCUAGAUGACAUUACUCUUGGCCUCGGUUCAAUUGAACUAAAUUGUGUGAGCUUUGAAGAGAGAAGUGAAGAAGACCUUUCCACCUUUCCAGAUGACCCUCUUACACCUGAAGAAAUUGACACAUAUCUUUUCCUGUGUAAUAUUCCAUCUAUUCGACGCUCCAAUAUGGCACAAUGUCAUCCGUUCAUUUUAUAUCUCGGUUUUAUUUCUGCGAAUUCUAUUUGUCUUCGAGUUAUUGAUUGCUUAGAAACUAAAAAUAUUUUUUCUAAGUAUGGUACUCCAUCAGCCUGGCAUUUGACAUCCGACUCACCUGCAAAUGUAGAAACUAAAAUGACCCACAAACCAGUCAUCUCUCAUCCAGGGUCUGCAAUAUAUGAACUCUGGGGUUUCGUUCGCAAUGCCAUGUGUGGCAGCAAAAGCUGGCCUUUGUUCCUCUUUGAAUCCAAUAAGAGUUCAAGGUAUUUCAAGAUGCUAUAUUGCAGCUCCAGUGUUCAACAUCAUUUCGGUUCAAAGAAUCUACCUAGGAAUAUUCGAUUUGCCGUAUAUGAACCUCCUAUAAGUGAGGAAUUUUCACAAGAGGAAAAUAUUUCACCUGGAGAUUUACUUGCAUUGGACGAUCGUCUGACUGGGCUUGCUGAAUCAUGCACUAGUGAAACCAUGACUUUGAGCAAGAUGAAGCUAAAAUCAUUUUCCUGGCUAGAGUCCCCUGUCAAUUACCGCGCUCUGCUCAACAUCGCGAAGGUUCCUGAUAUUGAUACCGUGACCAAACGCUCGGAUUACCUUUCUGCAAUCAAAAUCAGCAAUUGUGAUAAGCUCUACGAGCCUCAAGCAACUUCAGCUCCAAUUCUAAACUCCAUCGAUGACACCCUCCUUCGUCAACUAGCUCUUGCUGGUUUCAUACCUAGGACUCUCGCUCUUUUAGCCGCUAAGGGUGGCUGGCGUUGCUUCGCUGGUAUUCUCUCGGGUUUGGGAAUUUCAAAAGAUUCCUCUGAACCCCUUGCUGAGCUCUAUCGCUGUUUCAUGAAAAUUAACCGUGGAAUGGCAAUAAAUACAGAUCUGUACAAAGAGGGUGCUAAAAAGGCCUCAGUCAAAAAUCUCUUUAAUGAAUCUGGACGUAAAACAAAGACCCUGCUAGAGCCUCUACCUAUUCAGCCUGAGCGACCAGAGGAUAGAAUAAAGAUAACUUCACCACCACCCAGUGAAGAACUGUACAAAUACCGAGAUGGUGCAGCUGUUGAUUCAGAUGACAAGUCAGAUUCCGAGGCUGAAGAAGAUUAG